AUGGCGCCCGCCAAUCCCGGGCUGAAGCACCUGUCCAACGCGCUAGCGACUCCCGACCAGCUCUCAAACUCCUCGUCCUCCAUCGAUGGGGUGUCAGCCGGUCUUGAAUCUUCGGUCCUCUGUGCAGGUGCGCAGCUCACCCAAGCCGCUGGCGUUCUCCUGCACUUGUCGCAAGAUAUCAUUUCCCAGGCCGUUGUGCUUUUCACCCGUUUUUGGCUCGGAGCCGACGGCGGUAGCCUGCGAAUUUACGCAGUCAAGGACGUGUCAGCCGCAGCUCUCUACCUAGCAGCCAAGCUUUCUUUCCUACCCACCUCCCCGCGCUCGGUGCUCAAUGUGUACGCCCUUCUUCUGUCACGGGAUGCCUCGCCCUUGUGGUUCGUGAACCCAAACGGUGCACCCCAGACCCCUCCAGCUCCGGAGACUUACAUCCUGACGGAGGGCGGGUAUCAAUCAGCCCGGUUGGUGCUUCUUCGCAUUGAAUCGGUCAUUCUCCGCACCCUCGGCUUCGAUACACACGUCGCCCUACCACACACCAUUGCACUGACUUACCUCCAAACUCUGGGUGUGUCGAAGCCUACUGUUGCUCAACGUGUUGUACAGCACCUCAACGCUGCACUGUUCUCGCCUCAACUGCUAUACGUCACACAUCAGCCCAAUGCCCUAGCCGUCGCUGCAAUCUACCUCGCUGCACGCGAAGUGGGUGUCAAGCUUGUUGACGGAGACUGGUGGGAAGUCUUUGACGUUGAUCGUGAAGAACUUGGUUUUUUGGUCGUGGGCAUGCAAAGCACCGCAGGGUUUAUGCGAGCCGAGGCCGACCAAUGGAAGAAUAAACUCAUUCCUAUGGUCCCAGAUGAGGUCGAAGCGGAGAUUGAACGACGUCGAAUGAUGCAGGAAGGCGAGUGA